AUGGUACAACCACGCGCACCCAUCCUACUAUUCCCUUUAAACCAUCCAUUUAUCCCAAUUCUCACAAAUUGCACAUUUCUACUCCAUAAAUCUAUAAAAGCACAAAUAACAAGCUAUAAAUACGGUCACACAAUCACUUCCAUGCCAGUAAAACACGCCAGAAUAUCAAUCUACAGCAAGAGCUACAGCUUUGCAGGAACAUCAAUCUCAAUCACGAAAAUUUUGUUGCCUAUCACUCUAUUGAUAUCGCUGGUAAUGAGCUUUGCGGUCUCGAAGUGGAGUAGUCUGCACACGAACAACUUCUUCAAGUACCCGUUCAUUGCUGUCAGCCUAGCUCUGUUAGCGUACAUUAUUUUCGUAGAGGUUCAGAAAUUCAUUUGUGGCGAUAGCAAGAAGAAUAAGAGCGCUGAGAGUGCAUUUGUGAUGUAUGGACUGAUUAUACUUGCGGUUGUUGCUGUUGUGUACACGUUUAUCAAUCACUAUGAGCAGAUACCAAUGCUACCAGCGCUCGGGUUCCUGCUUACCAAUGUGUCGAGCUUGCUCACAGGAUCACCAGGUGUUAUAUCGCUCGUUCUUAACAUCCUAUUAGCACUCGUAUGUGCAUACGUUGCAUACGCUCAGAGCUCAACACCCUACCAUCUGAUAGGUGUGGCAUCAAUCCUUAUUAUGAUCGCGUUCGGUAUCAAGGUAUCAUUCUUCAACGCGGAGGGAGACAGCAAGAAAAAGAAUGGAGAUGACGCAAUGAAAUACAUCACGGCACUCAUAGCGCUGGUGUCCGCUGUCCUGUUUGUCUAUGGAAUGGCAAACUCUCGUUAUUUCUAUAAUGCUUUCUUUGCCGUUGAACCUAACUCUGUCUAAGAAAUAAAGAUUGAUAAGUAAAAGUUUCUGAUUACAUGCC